GGCUGCCCCUCGCAAAUCACUCGUAGCAUAACAGUUUACUGCGAGUGAUUUGCGAGGGCCAGUCAAUGUGGGGAGGAAACUGGCGAGUCCUGCAUGCAACCCUGGGGAGGAUUGUGGCUGGAGGUUGCCGUACGGCGGCGGGUCUGUCACCGGGCCGACAAUUGACGCCCGAUGCAGAGUUUUCAAGAGGUACAGGAGGCCCUGCUUUUCUUCGAGAUACAAGAGAUUGAUAGAUACCUAAUUAAGGCAGGUUCGGCCACCACACGAAUAGCGACCCUCCCACAACAUCCCCCAUCCGUCAGCCCCAUCAGACCAUUGCCAUCAGUCGUUUUCCAAAGUCUCUCGCAAACAUGACGGCCGUCGCGGAGCUUACAAGCCGCCUCACCGGCCACGGUGACGGCGACGUGCGCGGUGACAGCCACGAUCAAGAAAACGGAUACGACGCUGGUCAAUAUCACGAUCCUAAGAUUACUGGGGCUACCAUCGGGCAAGUCUAUGAUAGCUACGCGGAUAGCUACGAAGACGGAGCAGAGGAGACCAGGCAGCGGACCUUUCAGCGCGACGUCUUCAACCGGUUCCCGCAUCACGGCUUCACUCUCGACCUGGGCUGCGGAACGGGGGGCGCGGGAAUGCUGAUCCGCCAGUCACCCCUCAACUCAUCCUCGGCGAGCGGCAACGUGGGCGGCCCGGGCGAUGCCUCGACGCGGCCCAACGUCUACGUCCACGGCGUUGACGUCUCCGCCCGCAUGCUCAACAGACCGUGGUGCGUGCGCUACUACGACUCAACCCAGCGGGGCUUGAUUCAGGAUGUCCUCAUGGACCCCGACGCGGCCUGGCUGCAACAUGCCGUCCGGACCGGAGCGGCUGAGAGCGGCGGCCUGUCUGCUGGGCCGGUAGUCGACCACAUCACCUGCUUCGGCGCCCUGCAUUUUCUCGACCCUUCGCAGUUCGAAGCCGUGCUGAGUCGCGUGUUUGUCCUGGCGCGCCGCAGCGUCAUGUUCGACAUCGACGACUUCUGCCCCUUUUACAUGCAACACGUUCUCGAGAACCUCGGUGAGGGGUUCAGGAACUAUAACCACAUGGCUGCGUACCGCAAGUUUGGGACACCGCCGGGCUGGGCCAAGGUCGCCGAGGAGGAAGCUGUGCUCUACCGCAUGGAGAAUUGCGGAGUUGACGUGAGGGGGGUCUUGGUAAGGUUUGAGCGGGUGGACUAAGCGGUGG